AUGGCAGCUGAGGAUGACGUCAAACAGAGGCAGAUCAUUGAAAAUCGUGCAAGAAACAUAAGCCACAAUGUUCGGUGCACUGAGUGUGGUAGCCAAUCUAUUGAAGAUUCACAAGCUGAUGUUGCUAUUCUGCUUAGGAAGCUCAUUCGUGAUGAAAUAAAAGCAGGAAAGAGUGAUAAAGAGAUCUACAAGAAACUAGAGGAUGAGUAUGGGGAGACAGUGCUAUAUGCGCCUAAAUUUGAUCUUCAGACUGCUGGGAUAUGGCUUUCACCUGUCAUUGUGGGUGGUAUAGCAGCUGGCAUCUGGGCUUACCAAAAGCACAGGCAAAGGACAAAUGUUCACAUUAUGGCUCUGAACCUGGUCCGAGGCGUACCACUGACUCCAAGGGAGAAGGAGACCAUGCUAGACAUCCUUACACCUCCACCGCCUCCAAGGAAAUGGUGGUGGCCAGGCAAAUGA